AUGGCGACAGCAGCCGAAGUUUUCGCCGUCUACGAGCUCCUCGAGCGUAUCCUACUACACCUUCCGCUCCGGGACCUGCUCGUCUCCCAACGCAUCAACAAGGACUGCUUCAAGAUUGUUAGGCGGUCCAGUGGCAUCAAGAAGGCACUAUUCCUUAAGGCGAGUACGACCGAGUACAUGGCUAGGGGCAGUAUAUACGUUCGUAUUGCGGCGAAGAGCACCACCAGCAGAUGCAGCCUCGUGAUGACCGGAGACGAUCAGCGGGGAGUCAUCUGCCCAUCAGCUAACCUCCCGGUCUUCAACCCAUUCACCAAGCUGCAUCGUCGCAUGAAGGACUGCGCCAAGGCGCGCCGUCAGGUGGCCGAUCACAGGAGGGCGGUGUUCCCUUCGAAGCUCGACGAAGAAGAUACUCAGCGUCUUCGUCUUGAGAACGGGGACGGACACGUGCAGGAGGAGGGAGAAGAACGAGACGAAGAAGAGGAGAAGGAGGUAGAAAUAAACCCGGAGCAGAUGUUCUUGACGCAACCGCCGAUGCUGGGAUUCGGUCUCGAAAUCGGUGAGUGGUUGGGUAGAGGGAUCGAAGACCGCUGGACCGAGCUUGUCUCUCAUUGGGAGAUUCCCGGGCAUGGUUACUGUGGUCGGGUUGACCCAAAGGGAGUAAAGAUUGGGUUUGUACUCGACGUUGGUCCCAACAAGCUCCAUGCCCCCUGGCCCAAGUACCGUGAUCAUGUCGAAUUCUGUGUGGACGCUGCAGAAUUCGACAAGAUGACACCGAGCUGGCAGACUGAGCUGUCGGUGGAUGAGGGGACGGGAUGGGAUAUGCUUGCUAAGAUACAACCUGCAAAGGGCAUCGAGUGGGCGUCACGGAGUGAUGAAUGGGAGUGA